AUGGAAGCCGCGCUUCCCUUGGAUCUACUGGAUCAUUGCCGAAUCUUCCGCGGAUAUGGUGCGUCAUUGGCCCACUUCACUACCUUGAGUAACUCAAACAAUAAAGGCUCCAGAAUCAGCGUCGCGAACCGAUUGUUCGUCGAUAAGAUGAUCUCGUACAAGCCGACCUAUGCGAAGGAGGUCCUCAUUACCUUCCGCGCGAGCGCUUUGAACGUCGACUUCGAGAGAACUUCUGCCCGUGUCACGGAGGAAAUCGAUCGAUUCGUGAAGAACAAAAGCUUCGGUCUCAUUCCGCAAGUUCUGAGUGAACCACUCGACCGCUCCACGAUUCUCACCCUUGUCAAUUGUCUCCACUUCAAAGGAUCCUGGGAUAAGAAAUUCGUCAAACCUCCGAGUGGUCUCUCUCAGAACAUCGAUCGAUUACGAUCUCAUUGCGGUCUCACGCCUUCGAAAGCCACUGGGAUGAACUUCAAGGGCCUUAUGCCUUAUGCUAGCAACGAAAAUAACCCUGAGCGAACGUCGAUGACCAUCGUGAUGCCCGACGCGAUCUUCGCUUCGGGCAUCACCUCUGGGAUGAAGAACCACUUUGCAGGCUUGUUGGCAGACCUUAGUUCGAAAGUCAAAAUUAGCAAAACGGCUCAUCAAGCGAAGAUUCAGGUCGACGAGCAAGGCACGGAAGCAUCCAAAGCGUCUGGAGUCGUUGUGGCUCCGAAAGGAACGGCUCCGGUACAAUCUUUCAUCAACUUGGUGAUCGACCGACCUUUCUUGGCUUUCAUCAUGCUCUACGACAGAUGUAGUGACGAUCCCCUGCCGUUGUCCUCGGCCGUGCUUAAUCACGUGUGA